GAUUGGCAGUCGUUUGUCCAGCCUCCAUGAGAUCAUAAUGGUAAUGCACCACAAACACUCUGAAACCCAGCUAUUUACGGACUGUUAGACACGGAUACAACCAAAGGAAGGAUUAUGGCUUCAGAAGAGAUGGAGUUAAAUGGAGAUGCUAGCAGAGGUGAUUCGAGAGAGCGUCCUCAGCAGAACCGCUGGUCAAGGAACACCCCAAUUAACAUGAACCAUUACGCCAAUAAGAAGAGUGCAGCGGAGAGCAUGCUGGAUAUAGCCCUGCUGAUGGCCAACGCAUCCCAGCUGAAGACCGUCGUGGAGCUGGGACCCUCGUUCUCCUUCUACACCCCUCUCAUCAGCCUCAUCAGCAUCUCCCUCAUCCUGCAGAUCAUAGUGGGGGUCUUGCUCAUCUUCAUAGUGAAGUGGAAUCUGAAUGACUCAAGUAAACACUUCAUACUGAAUCUUCUGGAGAACAUCGUCACAGCUCUCGUGUUUAUCAUCGUAGUAGUGAAUGUUUUCAUCACAGCAUUUGGGGUCCAAAGACCAGAGGAGAAAAAAUCUUAACAGGCAAUGCUGCUCAGGGUUUCCUACAGGUAUAU